AUGAACGAUCUAAUCAAAAUGCGAAUCAUCGAUCGGCCAGUGGAUUCUGAAUUUUGGAUUGUCAUUGUGAAAACGUGGGAGCGGUACCUCCACAGAAACAACCAGCUUAAACUCUCCAUUGUCCUCCUUAAUCUGAAGUUGUCUUCUCUUCUGGACAAAUGGGAGCGAUUGGCCCUCGAAAGCGGUGUCAAAGGCAUUGAUUUAAGCGUUGUCGCACUUGGUGUUAAAGAAGAGCUUCAUCUCACGGACAUCCAUAUAGAUGAGCAUGUGUUCAGUGAGCUUGUCUAUUCUUGUCCUUCAAUGGAGAAUCUAUCUGAAAUAUGUGAUGGGCAGGCAUGGCAAUACUAUUGGAAGGGAUCAAGAUUUGUGUCUUGA